CGGGAGACUCAGUGCGCAUGCGCAGCGGCAGUAGUUCUGUAGUUUUUGUGAGGAGAAGUUUAUUAAAGCUAAAGUUAACUGAUAUAAACUCACCGCUGCUGCUACAGACACUCUAAUCUAGUAAUAAACCGCUUAUUCCCCCGGUUAAACUCUCGUAUCAGCGCCUCAACCGACUCAAUGCCGUUUAUAAAGCGUAAAAGAGGCCGACGGGAUUUGAGAAGUGUCUCCUUCCCUCUGGAUCUACAAGACUCUUUUAGCAGGAGAACCCGGAGGACCUGUGAGCCCUCUAAAGACACCAGGUCCUGGGAGAGGUGUGGGGAGAGCUUCGGAGAGACUGCUGUGAUCAAGAAGCUUCAGACAGCUGGAAGAAAGAGCAGAGCACUGCAGGUUCUGGGACACUCAUCCACACCAGUGAAGCGUGGAGAGGGUGAUUUUGUCCAAAUUUCAUGGAGCUCAAGUGAAGAGGAGCAGUCGGAUGGUGAGAGUCAGGUUCCACUGAAGGCCCCGGAGCGAUGCAGACCCGGCCCUCAGUCCUCCUGCAGCUACUACAGCAGAUACCUGCGUUUACUCAGUGCAGGAGCAGACACAGAUGAUCUUCCCACUAUUGAUUCAGAGAGUGAACACGAGGAACAGGAGGAGAGUUCUACCUCCAAAGAGCAGAUUCCUGUGAUGGUUCCUGAUAUCUCAGACUGUUCCACCUCUGAUAGUGAUGGAGCUUCAGAGCAGAGCUCCCGGUUGGACACGUCUUCUUUAGAGCCAGCAUCCCACCGCCAGAGAUCCGUCAGCGAGUGGGUCCGCUCGGCUCAAGCGUUGCUCCAAACUCCCCCCAAAAAAACAGAUAAAACCUCCAAAACACCAGAGGACUCCGGAAAAAAGAGGCGCAGGUUUGAAAGUGGGGGACUCGCAGAGAGACUGAAUAAACUUCAGUGUAGACAGAGGUCAGCUGUAAGCUUCUGGAAGCACCAAUCUGUAUCCAGCAUUACCACAGUUACAGAAGAGAGAGCGGGUGUAUUAGUGCUGCGUGUGCAGAGCGUGCGAGAGGUGUGUGGGAUGCGAGCUGCACUGUGCGAGAGAGCCGCUGAGAGACAGCCAUGCGUCGCCCUUUUCAACAGGGACACCGCCACUCAAUUGGCUCCUGCUGUGGGCGACACUAUCUGUGUCUAUCCACCAUGGCAGAGUCUGAUUGUCGAUGGAGAGCAGCAUCCUGUUAUUCUGAACACUCAUUUCAGCCAGAAAGUUAUUUCAGACGUAAAGAUGGAGAGUAGUGUCGUCUGCUCAAAAGUUCGACCCUCAGAAGAGAAGAGUAGACCCUGCCCUUUAAUCAAGUGCUUAUAUCCGAGCGAGAAGAUCAUCACAUCUAUUCAGAAAUCGAGUCCUGAAAAACAGGUGUGUGCAUUAACCAGAAGAGAAGCAGGAGAUGUAUACAAGUCUUUAUUGGACGUUGUGGAGGCUUCAGGUCCAUCAGGAUCUCUGUCUGGACCUGUGCAGGUCGUGGUUCAAAGGGUGUAUGUGGUUCCUGUCAGACGCUCCACCACCACAAGCUUCCUAAGCCAUAAAACUACCAGCAAGACUUUAUCUAGACCAACAGCAGAGCAGCACAUUAUCAGGUUGUGUAUGCUGGUGCAGGAUGUGUACGGUAUGUUCAGUGAAGUGGAGUUACAGCAUGUAUCUUCUGAAGAGGAGCUACAACACUACACCGAGAUGCUGGAGGGUAAAGAGUGUGUGCUGACCGGUCUGAAAGUGAUCCAGCGUCUCACUCGAGAGAGAUGUAGUCAGCUUUUCAGUUUAAUCGACAGUUUAUGGCCUCCUUUAGUUUCUCUGAGGGUUCACGGAGAGCCGUCCUGCUGUCAGUCUAGUCAGAUCUCAGCUCCCAGCUUCUGUUACAGGCUGGCCGGGCAGCAGAGCAGCGUGCUACCUGCUCAACACAUGUCUCCACUGUACCGCCCACCUGAUAUUCACACACUGCAGCAGAUCUUGCAGGAUAAACCCAAGAGUGGUCGAUGCAGUUUUAAAGCUACAGUCGUCUAUAAAAGAGAACAGAGUGCAGGAGAGGACGUCCUGCUGUUUGUUACAGACUCCAGCCUGCAGAGUCCGAUCAGCACCAGCAGAACUCUGCCUGUGUACGUGAGCCCCUGCUGCCUGAUCCAGACCUCCGUUAGCCGGGUCAUCUCAUCCCCCCAUCUCAGACCAGCACUCGUUUUUAAAGAUGCAGUAAUACAGAAUGGUCAGGUGUUCUGCUGGGGACAGUGUGUGAUCCAGCUGGACUCAGAUCAGAUCCAGCAGCAGAACCUCUCAGAACCCGAGCCGGUUCUCCUGGACCCGCUGAGCUCAGAGAGCGGACCCUGUUCUCUCUGCUCUCUCUCCGGUGUGGUGGUGGAUGUGGACGAGCAGUCUGCUUUCUCCUGGCCCGUCUGCAGUCGGUGUGGAAGUGAGAGGUUGGAGGCGGUUCAGAACAGACAGGAAGCUUUUCUUUGUGUUGAGUGUGGAGCUGUGGAUAAACCAACACAGAAGAUGCAUCUUGAGGUUUUCCUCAGGUGCCCCUCGUUAAGUGAAUGUACGGUGAAACUUAAGUUACUACAGAAAUCUAUCGUGACCCUCCUGAACUCAGCAGGAAGUGAUAUGGGAUAUGAGGUGGAGUCUGUGCUUGGUAAGGAGGUUGGUCCUCUGACUGCAUUCAUCCACGUUAUCAGCAGAAGAUCUGCUCUUUGGAUGAGCUUGGAGGAGAUUGUUCUGUGACUCAUCCUCAGUAAAAUACACCUGUGCAUGAGCACCUUAUGUCACGGCACCUUGUGAUCAAAGCCGUCUAAUCUACCUCCACAUCCUUCAGACUCUUCUACAGACCCUCAGUGUUCCUCAGCUGCCGUCUAGCUGAUGUUUGUGGGCUGAAUUAAAUGAUACAGCUGGCCGUGGCAAGCAGCCCAUCUGAAAUACCUCAGCAACACGUACCACUGAGCUGCAGGGAGCGCUCUGCUGCUGCGUGUAGAAACACAGGCUUGUUUUUGUUAGUAUGUAGAAUAUAAAUAGCUGCAGGUUUCCUACGUCUUUAGCCUACAAAUGUGCACUGUUCUAAAAGCGCUGUACAGGCAGGAUAGGUCUGUGGCGUGGGCUGAAAUAACUCUCAUAAGCACGUGGAUGUUGAUGAUAUAUUUGUGAAAUGGUGUAUUUUUGUGCACUACAUGCACUUGAAAUAAAAAAUGUGAAUAUAUCUGA